AUGACUUCAUUUCUAUUUAGAAGGCUAACCAGGAGGAAGAAAAAUAAAGACCCCAAGGAGAAAAAUAAGGAGAAAUCCAAUAGGGGCAAUCUCAGAAUCUCUAAAGUCCCACCACCAGCGGAAAAAUAUCCAACACCACCAAGAGCCAAAAACCAGUAUGUCAUCCCUACAAUUACGGAUGACCCAGCGGUUCUAAAUAGUCCUAGCACUAGUGUCCGCAUACCCAGGGCUCCCAUGUUUGCUGACAUUGACUAUGACAAUAUAACAGAAAGGAAAGCGAAAAGACUGAGUCGCACCGAUCGGUCAGUCCGCUAUUCACAUCGCCAUAGUAGCAGAAGAAUAUCAAUGCUGAUCUCAAAAUUGGAAGAGGACAAGAAAAAGACAGUUUCACUAGAUAGCUCUGACAUAAAUGUGCGCUAUUCCUUUAGAGACUCUGCACUUUCAAGAUUACAAGAAGUACUGGACGAGGCCAAUGAAUCACCAUGGGGCCGUACACGAUUGAUGAGUUCUCCUCUACCACGUUAUAGACAUAUUGCCUCCACUUAUGCAACUCCUGAUAAUCGUAUUUUUGUCAUGGGUGGUUUACACGGCGAGCUUGUAUAUGGUGAUACUUGGAUGUUAACAGCAAAUAGCGAUUCCACAAAUUUCACUACACAAGUAAUAGAUUUAACAGUAAAUACUCCUCCACCUAGGGUUGGGCAUGCCGCAACAUUAUGUGGGAAUGCCCUAGUAAUAUUUGGUGGUGACACUCACAAACUGAAUUCAGAAGGUCUUUUGGAUGACGACCUUUAUCUGUUUAACGUCGAUUCACAUAGGUGGACGAUUCCAACACCAAUAGGGACAAGACCAUUGGGGAGAUAUGGCCACCAGGUCAGUGUUAUUGCAACAACCCCAAAGAAAGCGAAACUAUAUCUGUUUGGCGGUCAAUUAGAUGACAACUAUUUCAAUGAUUUGGCCAUGUAUGAUUUAUCAGACUUCAGGAACCCACACUCCCGCUGGCAAUUCCUCAAAUCCAAAGCAUUCACACCACCACCACUAACGAACCAUACUAUGGUUGCUUAUGACUAUAAACUUUGGGUGUUUGGUGGAUCAUCACGAGGUGAACUCCAAAACCAAUUGUAUGUUUAUAUUCCUGAUCUGAAUGAAUGGAGAUGCUUAGAGACAGAAGGUGACAAACCUCAACCAAUUCAAGAACACUCUGCAACAAUAUAUAAGAAUCUGAUGUGUGUCUUUGGUGGGAAAAAUAAAGAUGACGAGUACCAGAAUACCAUGUAUUUCUUGAAUUUACAAACACUGAAAUGGUACAGGUUAGAUACUUCUCAUUGCAAUGAACCCCUUCCUCGUUCGGGCCAAUCUAUGUCAUUGAUGCAAAAUGAUAAGAUAUUAAUUAUGGGCGGCGACAAGAAUGACUAUUGUGUUAAUGGUGCCAACUUGAACGAUAUUGAUGAAUACGAUAGAGGAUAUGGUGUGGCCUCUUAUACCCUUGACCUAAAAAACCUAAAUGACUAUUGUCCAGGAGUGUUUUCAAUCGAACGCCCAGCUAACCUGACUCAUGUUGCUAAGAACCCAGAAGCCAGAUACUCCAUGGCAUCACCAGGACCUAAUAUUCUAACACCAUAUCUUCAACAAGUACGUCAACUAAAUAGAUUACUAUCCACUGCAAGCAUGUCACCAAAAACACCAUCGCCAAUGAUUUCGAAAGCAUUGCCAGAAUCAUCAGAGAAGGAGGAUAUAUCUAAGGAUCAGGCGGAGAACACUAGCGGAUCAACCCAAAGUCCUCCAGCAGGUCUAUUGGGCACAAGUGAAGCACCUCAGUCUGGUAGAUCAGAGAAUGAAUCUGUAUUUGAAGAUGCUUUUCCAGCAAGCCAUCUGUCAGAGUCAUCCUCCCCUCAACAAUCAGAAAUUUCCAUUGUAGAAAAUAAGAAACAGAAUAAUCCUUUUAUAACCAAUCCGCUAGGCACUAUUAACUCAAGUAUAAUUGAGUUAAAUAAAGCUAAUACCUCUCAAUUGCCAAUAGAAGGUACAAGAUCAGUGAUAUUGUCUCAAGAUACUGUUGAGCAAUUGCAGCAAGAUUUAGAGGAAUUGAGGAUUAUGGAAGAAUCAAAUGAAACUGUUUCCGACAACAAGUUAAAGCAAUUAAAGAUGGAAAUAGACAACUUAAGAAAUAAGGAUGUUGUCGAGGACACCACCAAAUCGACACUAGAUGAUCUCAAUGAGAAGUUUAAACGUCUUGAACAAGGUAAGGAUGCUUUGAGGAGCAAGAUGUCCAAGUUGGAUUCAAUGUUUGAAAACAAUGAGCAUCACAAAGCGACCGAGCAUACAGGAUAUGCACUUUUAAACUUGAACUCUAAAGCAUCUAGAAAUAAAGAUACUGAUCUGGACGACAGUAAUCAGCAUUUGGUAUCCAUUGACGCAGAAAAAGUAGCGGAUGAGCUAUUAUUGAUUGGGGACAAGAGGGAAGACUCCAGUGCUAGUGAUAAAAGUGAAAGCUUCACCCUGACUGAAUCCAAUCAACCAGAAACAUCCAACGGUGAUUUCAUCUACAAUGAUGCCAAUAAGAAUGGUAAAACAUCUUUAGAGAGGAAAACAGUCCCUAGAAAGAUGCCUGUGGAUAAGAAAAGAGUCAAGAGAAGAACCAUCCUGUUCCACUCUCAAAAGCAUAAGGAGAUGAUGGAGGAGCUAACCAAACAGCUGGACAUGUUGACUUACGACAGUCAAGAGAUGGCUUCUUCGGAAAUUGACAGCAACUCUUCCUAUAAAUUAGAAAACCAGAUGCCAGUAAUGCCGGGCAAUUUCCCACAGACUAUGUAA